AUACGAACGUCUUCUUAGGAGAGCGAAAGCAGAAGAUCUUAGUGAAGUCUCUGGCAUAGGCUGUUUAUAUCAAAGUGGUGUCGAUAGGUUGGGUCGUCCAGUUGUUGUCUUCGUUGGUAAAUGGUUUCCGUUUAACAAACUUAAUCUGGAUAAGGCUUUGUUGUAUUUGAUAUUGUUACUGGAUCCCAUUGUUAAAGGCGAUUAUGUGAUUACAUAUUUCCACACAUUAACUUCAAAUAGUAAUUAUCCUUCAUUCUCAUGGCUUAAAGAAGUAUAUAACGUUUUGCCUUAUAAAUACAAGAAGAAUCUAAAAGCCUUUUAUAUCAUUCAUCCGACAUUUUGGACAAAGAUGAUGACCUGGUGGUUCACGACUUUUAUGGCUCCCGCAAUUAAGCAAAAAGUCCAUAGUUUGCCAGGUGUAGAAUAUUUAUAUGCCGUUAUGUCUCCAGAGCAACUCGAAAUUCCCGCUUAUAUUACAGAAUACGACAUGUCGACAAAUGGUUUGCGGUACUUCCAACCGGGAGCACAAACGUAAAAGUAAUAUUGUGAUCGUUACUGACCAAUGUGCCCAAGAUUUCAGUGAUAAAUUGCAAUAUUAGACUUGUGCUAUGCUGUGCUGUGCCAACUUGUUAAACUAUAGUUACGAUGCUAUGGCUAGGGUAGAAAUUUCACAAUGGAGUUGAAAUUACAUUUUUAUUUAACCUUUUUUGAGGUCACAUUCCGUACUGAAUUUAAUCACAUUUUAAGAUUUUGUAAUGUCUAAUUUAUUUAUUAUCACUGUGUGUGUUAAGUAAGUCCAUCACAAAUGUGUAUUUGUUUGAUUUGUAAUUGUACUUCCAAUAAUCAUAAUUUUUUUAAAUGUUAACCAAAAUUACGUCUUCAACAUAUUUAAGUAAACCUUUGUAAGUAUAACUUGCACCCAAGCUUUCAAUAUUUUUGUUUUACCCGCUUUCUUAGAAGAAAAGAUAUUCAAGUGAAAGUAUUAUUAAGUACAGCUGGCAUCUGUAUUAUGAAGAAGUGCUAAUAUAAAAUUCUUAAAUCGUGUUGAAAAUAUUUUUGUUUUAAACUGAAUUGUUAAUAGUUAAUAGACAUUUAUCAUUUAGAGUAGUGUUAAUGCCUAACAACUUGUUUUAACUGUUGAUUUGUUAAAUAUGUAAAUGAUACAGUUUAUUAAUAAAAUAAAAUUUAAAAGUUUUUA